GGAGGCAAACAUGGACGACCGAAGUUAGGACUCCUGAGAGACCAGCAAAACUUAGGAAAAAGUGGACGCUGGCGGACCCUCGUCCAUUCUACGCUUACUUUCUCGCGAUCUCUUUUUUGGUAGUUUUGAGGAAUCAUAGAAAACUUUUGUAAUGUAUUAAAUAUCUGUUUUUCUACCGGAGAAAAGGCAGGGGGGUCUGGCAUCCGCGAGAACCCCCUCAACAUCCCAAACGCUAUGCCGUGGGUAAGCAGCAGUAAGCGGAGAGAAAGCUCGGAGCUGCCGCUGCCCGCAGGCUGGGAGGAAGCUCGGGAUUACGAUGGAAGAGUGUUUUACAUCGACCACAACACCCGACAAACUUCAUGGAUCGACCCGAGAGACAGGAUUACCAAACCUCUGACCUUCGCCGACUGUGUUGGCGACGAGCUGCCAUUGGGCUGGGAGGUGGUGUACGACCAGCAGGUCGGCGUUUACUACAUCGACCACAUCAACAAGACCACCCAGAUCGAGAACCCGCGGACGCAAUGGCGGCAGGAGCAGGAGCGCAUGCUGAAGGAGUACCUGGUGGUGGCGGAGGAGGCGCUCAAUGCCAAGAAGGAGAUGUACCUCAUCAAGCAGCAGCGCCUGGAGCUGGCACAGCAGGAGUUCCUGCGCUUCCAUGAGCUGUCGGAGGAGGACAGCCGCUCGCUGACCAGCGCAUUCUCUGGAUCCACUUCAAACGCCAAAUAUGACCCUGACCAAAUCAAAGCGGAAAUCGCCUGUAGGCGUGAGAGGCUCUCCACUCUGAAGCAGGAGCUGGCUCAGGUGAAGCAGGAACUGCACUACAAGGAGAUGGGUGUGGAGACCCUGCAAGAGAUUGACAGGAAGAUGUCCAGCAGUCAGGCCAGCUACAAACUGGACGAGGCCCAGGCCAUAUUCAAUGAGCUGCGGAGCAUCAAGAAGUCCAUCAGCACAGGCGAGAGGGAGAGGCAGGACCUCAUCCAGAGCCUGGCCAAGCUGACGGUGAGCUUCCAGCACACCCUGUGCAUUGGGGACCCCCCGCAGGAGGGACCCGGGCGCCUGCCCUGCGUCACCCAGGGCUGCCGGGACACCGGCUGCCAGACGGACAUCGCCGGAGAGCUUGGUUCCCAAGAUUCCUCGCAGCUGGUGGAUAAAGUUCGGCUCAACUGGCAGUAUGAAGAAGCCAAGAAAAAAGUGUCCAGCAUCCAGCACCAGCUGGCGCAGAUGGACAGCGAGGGCUGGCCGGGCCGGGCCGAGGCGGACCGGGACCGGGACUGCCUGCAGCUGCUGCGGGAGAAGGAGGCCCUGCUGCAGGAGAUCACGCUGCUCAGCCAGCAGCAGCGCCCCCUGGAGUCGCUCCUGCAGCUGGAGGAGGAGCGCCGCAGGCUGGAGGAGGAGGUGCAGCGGGCGCACGCCGCCCAGAGCCAGGGGGCCAGCCAGAGGAUUCUGCAGCAGGAGAAGAGGAAUGUGCUCCUGAGGCAGCUGGAAGAGGCCACACGCAUCACCACCUACCUGCACUCCCAGCUGAAGAGCCUGUCGGCCAGUAAUCUGACCAUGUCGUCGGGCAGCAGCCGCGGCUCCCUGGCCUCCAGCCGCGGGUCCCUGGCGUCCUCCCGCGGCUCCCUCAGCUCGGUGAGCUUCAGCGACAUCUACGGGCCGCCCCAGUACGAGCGGCCCGAAGCCGGCGGCGAGCUGGACCCCCACCUGCGCUUCCUGCUGCCUCCGGAGGCGCUGUCGCGGAGCGCGGCGGCGUGCGGAGGUGGGGUCGGGGGCGGGGUCGGGGGCGGCGACCUCCUGGCGCUGGGCAAGGCCAAGCGCUCGCAGGACACGCCGCAGUCGCUGGCGUCGCUCUCCUCCCGCUCCUCGCUCUCCUCGCUCUCGCCCCCGAGCUCGCCCAUGGACACGCCCUACCACUCCGCCCCCCAGGACUGCCCCCUCGCCCAGAUGACCGAGGAGUACAUGGAGCUGGCCGGCCGGGGCCCCGCCCACAACCACGCCCACACCUCCGUGCCCGGCGACGCCGCUGCCGCCGCUCACCCAGCUGACAGCAAGAGCCACAGGGACGGCGCCCCCCAGGGGAUACUCACCACGACAGGAGUGACCCUUCGCUGUAACAGCGCGAACAGGUCUGGCCGAAGGGCCCGGAGAGUUUCAGCAGGUCUGUCUGACGACGCUCUGGCAACCGACAGCGGGGUCUUUGAAGCCUGGAGCAAGAGCAGGGCGGAGGACAUUGAGGAGGUCCAGUAUCCCAGUGAUGUAACUACAGCAGAGCCAGCUCUGAUGCAGUUGGGGCUCCUUCACGACGCCAGCAGCGAGUGUCUCCUGCUGCACCUGCUGCAGCUGAACAACUUCAACACGGCCGCCGUGAGAGACGGACACACAGUGUACGUGAAGGUGCACCUGCUGCCGGUGGAGGCGGGCCGCCCCUGCGCCUGCUACUGCUGCAAGGCCCAGGAGCCGCAGGCCCAGAUCACCUUCAACGAGGGCUUCCGCAUCCCCCUCCCCUCCGCCGCACUGGGCCUGCGCAUGCUGCAGCUGUCCGUCUGCGCAGCCGGGCCGCAGACGCAGGAGGAGCUGCUGGGUGUGGCUCAGGUGGGGCUGGCUGAGUGUGAGGGCUGUACAGAAAUGGCCUUCCAGUGGCACAGGGUCCAGAUGCUGGGCGGGGCAGAGCUGCACAGGACUGAUCCAGGCCGGCUCCAGGAGGGCAGCCUGCCCACACUACCCGACAGCGUAGAGGAAGACAUCAAGCAGGACUCUGUUGCUCCUGCAGAGCUGGAGAGAGGAGUGCUGGAGCUCAGCGAGGAGGACCUGCAGGAGCUGGAGAGGAAGGAGGAGCAGGGCGAGGCGGUGUCAGAGAGGAGCUGGCAGGCGGAGUCGGUAGACAGCGGCUGCAGCAACAGCACCGCGUUUGUGACGCCGUGUCCCGAGGGGCUGUGCAUGGAGGGCAUCUGCACCACCACAGAGGGACGCUGCAGCAAACCCCCUGUCAUCAAGGUGGACAAGGAGACCAACACGGAGGGGCCCUUCCUGGAGCCAAUCACGGUGCGGCCGAAAGAGAGGGGCGGGCGCUGGGGACACGCCUCUCCCUUCGUCCGUAGCAGCACCAUCGUGCGCUCCCAGACCUUCUCUCCUGGAGCACGGAGCCAGUAUGUCUGCAGGCUGUACCGCAGUGACAGCGAUAGUUCAACAUUACCAAAAAAGUCCCCUUUCAUCAGGAACACGUUGGAAAGGCGUACUCUGCGAUAUAAACAGCAGUCCUGCAGGUCCUCUCUGGUGGAGCAGUCCACUCGCACAUCCCUGGACCUGGAGCUGGAUCUCCAGGCCUCCAGGACGCGGCAGCGGCAGCUGAACGAGGAGCUGAGCACCCUGCGGGAGCUCAAACUGCGGCUGGAGGAUGCACAGGCCCGGGAGGCCACCGAGCUGCCGCUCUGGGCCCUGAGGGACGAGCGCUUCCGUAGCCUGCUGCGAGAGGCAGAGAGACAGGUACCAGCACGAGGAAACCCCUACACACAGCACAGAGACGCAGGUACCACCACAAGGAAACACCUACACACAGCACAGAGAGGCAGGUACCAGCACAAGGAAACCCCUAAACACAGCACAGAGAGGCAGGUACCAGCACGAGGAAACCCCUACACACAGCACAGAGAGACAGAUACCAGCACAAGGAAACCCCUAAACACAGCACAGAGAGACAGGUACCAGCACGAGGAAACCCCUAAACACAGCACAGAGAGACAGGUACCAGCAUGAGGAAACACGUACACACAGCGCAGAGAGACAGGUACCAGCACGAGGAAACACCUACACACAGCACAGAGAGACAGAUACCAGCACGAGGAAACCCCUACACACAGCACAGAGAGACAGGUACCACCACAAGAAACCCCUACACACAGCACAGUGGGACAGGUACCACCACAAGGAAACCCCUACACAUAGCACAGAGAGACAGGUACCACCACGAGGAAACCCCUACACACGGCACAGAGAGACAGGUACCAGCACGAGGAAACCCCUACACACGGCACAGAGAGACAGGUACCAGCACGAGGAAACCCCUACACGCAGCACAGAGAGACAGGUACCAGCACGAGGAAACCCCUACACGCAGCACAGAGAGACAGGUACCAGCAUGAGGAAACACCUACACACAGCACAGAGAGACAGUUACCGGCACGAAGAAACCCCUACAUACAGCACAGAGAGACAGAUACCAGUACUGGAAUGGCCAUUAAUGGACUGGUGUAGUGCUUAUGUGGAAACCCUCCUGGCCCAGUGUAAUGUGUAGUCCUCAUGUUUGCUGUGCGAUGUGCGCGGGGGGUGCGCGCAGGCCAGGCAGAGCACGCAGGAGCUGCGGCAGGAGGAGGCGGCAGAGAGGAGGCUGAGGA